AUGACAAGAGCUCAAGAUAAUGAUAUCAUUGUAUCGUUUACUUUUUCUUUAACCUCACCAACUCUCCCCGCUCCCCACACCAGUCCAUCCCAUCCAUCCAACAAAAAUCAGUCGCGCAGACACGUUGUUUCAUUUCAUUUUUUGUUAACAACGUUGUUAUUCGACGUCGUGGGUGCAAGCAUUGUUUGUUUUGUAACAUAUAUUAUAUCUCAACAAGAGAUUUUAAAAGAAGAACAAUGUAGACAGAGAGAGAGAGAGAGAGAAAAUAUUUGUAGUAGUAGUAGUAGUAGUAUUGUAUGUUAUAACAUUAUUAUUAUUCAAACAUUGAUGUCAAUAUUAUCAGCUCUAUCAUCAAUCGUAUACUAUAUAAUCGGUGUACCCAUACUUGCAUAUAUAUUAACUCGGCUCUUCACCAAACUAUCAUCAUCGUCAUCAUCAUCAUCUAUCCGACCAUUAGAAUCAUCAUCUAAAGUAAAAGUAGAAGAAGAAGAAGAGGAACGACGACAAACCUCUUCAUCAGUAUCAUUAUCACCACCAUUAGAUUCAGAAUCUGAAAGUAGUAUUCAACAUUUAAAGGAUAACAUCCAACACUUGCGACAACAACUAUUAGACCAAAAUGGAAGACCAGUUGGACCGCACAAUGAAGGUGGUCAAGAACCACAUGGACACGUUUGGCUCGACGCUGCAGGGCAAGCUCGACGAGGGCGUUGA